AUGUCUUUAAUUCUUUACUUUUCACCUCUAUCACCACCUUCAAGAGCUGUUCGCUCUUUUUUAUUACUAUCCAAAGCAGUGUUUUAAGGAAAAGUUGUGGACCUAUUGAAAGGAGAACAUAAAUCUGCUGAAUUUUCUAACAUCAAUCCAAACGAAUCAUUACCAGCUUUAGUAGAUGGUGGCCUGAAAAUGUUUGAGAGUCAUGCAAUCUUGAAAUACAUAGCUGUAAAAAAAUAACUAUAUCAAUAUUAUCCCAAAGUAUCCAUUUGUUAUAAAUUUAGAACUCCAGAAACAGAGCUUAAGUUGAUUGCUAUUUAGAUUGGAGUUAAACUGGUCUAGAAGCUAUAGGAAAAUAUGUUAAUCAAUGUUUUCUAUUUCCUAAAUUUAUGAAUAAACCAGUCCCUGAUAACAAAUAAGAAUUACAUAAGGAUGUAAUUGAUACACUUAAAUUCUUUGAAUCAACCUUUUUGACUGGCAGGUACAUUUUUAAUUAGUCAGCAAUAACACUUGCAGACAUUAAGUAUAUAUUACAUUUAUAUUUAUUAGAGCCACAUCUGAUUUAUCUUAACUAUUGGCAUCUGAUUUGGAUUUCAAUCAAUUUCCAAAAAUUAAAGAGUAUUUAUAGGAAAUGUUUUCAAUCUAACCAAUAAAAGAAGCCUAUGCUGAAUAUUUAUAAAUGAUCAAUUCUUCUAAUCCUAAUGAUUGUGUUUCAUACAUUAUUAAUGGAGUAGACAAGUCAUAAUCCUGGAAGAUCACUCUAUACAUGCAUCCAUUCUCCUCUCCUUCAAGAGCAGCAAGAACAGUUUUAUUAUUUAGUGGAUUAGAUUACAAUGAAAAAACAGUUAACUUAUUAUAAGGAGAACAUAAAUAACCAGAGUAUUCUGCUAUCAAUCCAAAUUAAUCUAUACCAGCUAUAGUUGAUGAGAAUAUCAAAUUAUUUGAAAGUGGAGCUGUUAUGAAGUAUGUAGCAAGGAAGUUUAAUUUAUAUAAUUUGUAUCCAACUUAACUUUAACCCAAAGCUAAAGUAGAUGAAUAUUUAGAUUUUCAUCUUACUGAAAUGAAUUCUAUUUCAAAAUAUACAUUUUCAUGUUUUAUGGGUCCUCAAAUGAUGAAAUUACCCAUUCCUGCAGACAAAGAUUAACAAUUAUAAAAUGUUAUAGGAACAUUGGAGUUUUUCUCUAAAGUUUUUUUGAAUAAUGGUAAAUGGUAAUUCAUUAAUGAUUCUCCAUAACCAACUUUGGCAGAUAUCAAGGUAGGAUGUGACUUAGGUUAAUUAUUCAUAACAGAUUUUCCUUUUGAGAAGAUUCCAGGAUUAGAAAAUUAUGUUAAACGAUUAUUUGACAUACCUGAAAUGAGAAGAUCUCAUUGUGAAAUGUUUGGCUUUUUACAAAAUUAAAAAAUAGGAAGAUUUGCCCAAUCAAUAUGUUAAACAUAGCCUUUGAGAAGCUAAGAGAGAAUAACUUUAUAUUUUAAUUUUGUUUCACCACCAGCUAAAGCAGCUAAAUCAUUAUUAAUGUUAGCUAAUAUUCCUUUUACAGAAAAAGUGAUUGAUGUUCAAGCAGGUGAAAAUAAAAAGAAACCAUUCACUGAUAUUAAUCCUAAUGAAAGUAUUCCUGCCUUAUCAUUUGGUAAUUUCAACUUAUUUGAAACUCAUGCUAUAAUGAAAUUCAUUUGUAUUCAAUUCAAUUUAACUGAUUUUUAUCCAAACUAUCCUUUAAGAGCUAAAAUUGAUUGCUAUUUAGAUUUUCAUCAUUCAGAAACAAGAAAAAUAAGUUUAUUUGUAUUAGAUUUCUUCUUUGGUCCAAAGUUCUUAAAGAGGGAAAUGCCAAAAAAUUAGGAAGAUAGAGAAAGAGAAGUAAGUGAAUUGUUACAUUUCAUUGUGAAUGUGUUUUUUGCAGGAGGAAAAUACAAAUAUGUUAUGGGAUCAAGAACACCCACAAUAGCAGAUUUAUCGUAAUUUAUUUUAUAAUAUUUAAAAGAUUAAUUUGUGAAAUUACAACUUUGUUCUUUGUAGAUUUUGAUUUCAGCCAAUUUCCAACUUUAAAAGCAUAUCUGAAAGACAUGUUUAACAUGAAAUAAGUGAGAGAAACUUAUAGCAAAUUUUUCAUGGUUACAAGAUUUAUGUCAAAAUCAAUGAAUCCAUUCAUAGAAUCAAUAGCUAAAGGAACAGAAGAAGGAGGAAGUUCAUGUUGUUAAUUGAUUUGAUU